GAAGGAGAUUGACCUUCAUUUUUUUUGCUUGAAAAGACUAAAUGGAAUGAGGACGGAUAGAUAAAAAUAAUAGAGAAAUGGAAAAUUAGCAUAACGAAAUUGCUUGCGCCCGUGACCCUCACCGCUGACAGAUGACGUCAUGGUUGUGCCACAUCGAAAUUUAUGUUUACAUAUUCGCUCAACAGAAGGUGGAAAAACUCCUUCUAAAGCUAUAUUUUAUGGGUACAACGCCAUUUAAAAGCCUUUGAAUGUCUACUACAUCUUGUUUUCAAGACAGAGAUGCUAUCAGAGUCAAAGCUUUGCUUGAGAAUGUCAAAGGAAGAGAGUUAAGAUGUUUUGCAGUUGAUCCGAAUAUUACAUCGUUUGAGAAUUUAAGUCAGUUGUUGAAGAGGGCUUUUCAACUUUCUGGGGAGUUUGAAAUCUCUUAUCAGCUUCCUCAGUCAAGUGACACUGGGAAGAGGCCUGACGUGUUUGUUUCACUGACGUCUGACUUUGAUCUUGAUGCUGCGUUUCUCAGUGCUUCUCUUCCAUAUCUGUCAUUGAGAGUUGAUCCUUUGUUAAGGCCAGAUGAAGAAAAUGACUGGGCAAUACUUAACAUUUCUGAAGCUCCACCUACCAAUAAUGUGUUAUCUUCUAAGCUUACUCCUUCAGUACCCUUCCACAUAUCUAUCAAACACCAAAUGGAAAAGACCCUUAAUCAAAUAACCAAAGCAUUAACUACACCAACCAAGAAAGGACCUUUAAAAGACAGCGAUUGGUAUCAUUUCCUCGAUUGUGAAGGACGUCUUAUUCACACAGAAGAAUUUGUGUCCUGGGUUUUCCAGUGUGGUGUGGUUCCAUCUCUAAGGAAAGAAGUAUGGCCACAUCUCCUUCACGUGUUCCCCCCUGACUUAACAAGUGAUGAAAGAGAAAGAUAUUUAUUAAUGAAAUCCCAAGUCUUUUGGCAUCUGAAAUCAGAAUGGCAAACCAGGGACCCAAAAGACAUUGAGUCACUUUCUCACAUGAUACGGAAGGAUGUUGUUCGAACUGAUAAAGCGUGCCCAUACUUUGACGUACCCGAGGAUCACCCAAAUAUUGAAUCGCUGUUUAAUAUCUUAAUGACUUAUGCCAUAGUGAACCCAGACGUUUCUUAUGUCCAAGGCAUGAGUGAUCUAGCGUCUCCAUUACUAGUAGUAUUAAAUGAUGAAGCUAUUGCAUACACUUGUUUCUGCUCAUUGAUGUACAGAAUGAAAACUCACUUUCUUCUUGACAGUAAAGCCAUGAGUCAAAAAUUUGAACACCUCUCUUUACUUGUACAAAGAACAGAUCCAGAGUUAUAUAAAUACUUGGUGAACAUUGGUGCAGAGGAUAUGUUUUUCUGUUAUCGCUGGCUUUUACUUGACCUCAAAAGGGAGUUCCAGUUUACUGACAGUCUAAAUAUCAUGGAGGUAAUAUGGAGUACGACAUCUCCAUUUGGUUCACAGGGGAUGUCUUCGGAGACGUUCAACUCUGCAGCGAAGACUGUCAGAAAUAAAUGUGAAAACUUCAAAAAUGACAAUAUAGUUUGUGAUAUUGGCUUAGAACCUGAAGAAGAGGAUGAGGAUCUUGAAGAUUCCUUCACCAUGAUUAAUAACUUUAAUGGAAGUGAUACACCAGAAGCAAACCUGAUUCAGAUUCCAGGGCCUUACGAGCUGGGUAGUGGCAAUCCUUUUGCACUGUUUAUUUGCUUAGCAAUAUUGCUUCUCCACAAGGAUUAUUGCUUUCAAAAAAAAAUGGACUACAAUGCGCUUGCAAUGUACUUUGACAAGAUGCUUCGUAAACAUGAUUUGAGUAGAACUCUUGCUAAAGCGAGAGUCUUGUACAUGGAGUAUCUAGAAGUAUUCAACGCCAACAACAAACCAGAGGAAUGUUCUGAAAUAAAGGAGGAAAGUAAUCCUAGCAGUUUUUGGCUUGAAGAUAAAGCUAUUGAAGUUCCUCAACAAUUAGGGCAGUUUAUUCAAUGUUAGAGUUUGAGUUAAGCAUUGGGAGCCAUGCAGAGCAGCAAGGCUGAAUUUUGAAUGUUAUAAAUAAUACAACCCAUAGAAUAGUGCACAGUUAUUUUUUUGUUUUUUGUUUUUGAAAAUAAUAGACUUCUUGUAUAAAGUGGGGAGAAGGUCAUAAGAAAUGGGAAAAUCAUGGAAUGCAACUAAUUUUCAAGUAUGCAAAAAGAAAAACAUAAAAUUCUAUAUAUUUUUUGCCCUCUAUACUUGAAGAACUUAUUACAAGAGGUACAUUAUAGCUAAAAAGAUAAAAUAUGAAUAGAUUGGUUUUUGAUUAAGUUUUUUUUUCCUGUACUGUUCUCAAUGACACAUUCAAAUAGCAAAAGUGAGUGCUCAAAAUACAGCACAUUGCAAGUGUUUAUAAAUUUGCAUACACUAUAACUAUAAAUUCAAAGAAGCUAUUUUUUAUCUGGUUUUAUUCUUAUCUUUCACAUUUAUCAUGAGUGGGCUCCCUGUGCUAUUACAAUUAUAAAAUUAUUGCAAAUAGAUUU